GUAAAUUUUCAUGUGCUUUACUACCUACCUUUCUUAUCUGUACCACAGUAAACUUCAACCAAACUACCAAUUGCUCCUUCUUUUUUGGUUUUUUUUGUAUUAUACACCUUUAAAGAUGCCAAGAAAAAAAUCAGCAACUAAAAAAGCACGCGAAGCUACAACAAAGGACUUGAAUGAAAAGCAAAAGCAAUUGCCGCAAGACAAUGGGAAAAGUCAAUUGAUUGAUGACAAUAGUUCAGAAGAAGAAGAUAAUUCUGAUUCCUUUAAGAUCAAUGAAGAUUUCGCCAAGAGAUUUGAGCAUAACAAGAAGCGAGAAGAAACGCAGAGAUUGGAAGAAAAAUACGGUAAAGAUUUAGCAAAGCAAAAUCUUUCAGAAGAUGAAGACGAAAGUUCCGAAGAAAGUGAAGAUUCUGAAGGCGAAUUGGUUACUCCAGAGGUAGAUGCUGCAAUUCUGAAAAUUCUAGCAAAAAUCCGAAAAAAAGACCCUGAAAUCUAUGAUAAUGGUCAACGAUUUUUUGAUGACACAGAAAAGUCGAUUAAAACAACAGUGAAGGAAAAUAAGGGCCGUCCAAUGACUUUAAAGGAUUACCAUCGUCAACAGCUCAUUUCUGGCGAUGUAAUGGAAGCAAUGGAAGAAGAUGAGAAACCUAGGUCUGAGCUACCAACGCAUGUAGAAGAGCAGGAGCAGCUUCGUAAAGAAACUAUUCAAGCUUUCCAUUCUUCUCGAGAUAAAGAAGAAGAAAAUCCAGAUGAACAUCAAGAGGAGGAGGAGAAGGAGGAAGAAAACUUUUUGAAGAAAAAGGAAAAAUCAAAGGAUGAGCUAGAAGCAGACGAGAAGGCUUAUGAAAAGUUUUUGCUAGAACACGCCGAAACCGAAGACGCUAGUAAAGUAUUGAAAGACUUGUCAACUUCCUAUGUGAAAAACCGACCCGAAGUUCUACAAGGUCUAGAGAACGAAGAGAACGGAUUUGCAGAACAAGACGAAACAUUUUUGGCGAAUUACAUGUUGAAUCGUGGUUGGCGUACUUCGGAUAAGCGUAUUCCCUCUUAUGAAGAAAUUGUCCAAGAGGUUGAUGCUGAUAACCAGUUCGAUGAGACUGCAGACAACUUUGAGACGAAGUAUAAUUUCCGUUACGAGGAAGCAGGUGGUGCCGAAAUUGCUGCACAUCCUCGUGAUGUUCCUGAUAGCAUGCGUCGUAAAGAUGAUUCUCGAAGACUUGCUCGUGAGCGUAAGAGAGAACGCCGAGAAGAAGAAAAACGGAAGCGGGUUGAAGAAGUUAACAGACUAAGGAACCUCAAACAGAAGGAUCUUGAAGAAAAAUUAAAUAAAGUUGCUGAAAUCGCCGGAACAAAUGACAUAGAUAUCUCCGAACUAGAUUUGGAGGGCGAUUUCAAUCCCGAAGAAUGGGAAGCAAAAAUGGCACAAAUCUUCAAUGAUAAGUAUUAUAAGGAUGAUUCUGAUAAAAAACCUGAAUUUGAAGAUGAUAUUGACGUUGAUGAUCUUGCUGCUCCUGAAGACAACAAUGAUUCUCAAGUAAAUGGUAAUGUUGCCGACUUGCCCAGUGAUCCAGAAGCAGUUGAUGAACCUGGAUCACAGAAAAAAACAAAGCGUCAAUCGAGAAAAGAAGCCAAAAAUAAGAAAAGGAAAAUCGAAGAAUAUGUCGAUGAAAAGUAUGGCGUUCCGGAGCCUGUUGCUUCCAGUGGUAGUCAGUUUAGAUAUCGUCAAGUUGCUCCGGAAACUUUCGGUAUGGACGUCUUGGAUAUCUUGAAUGCAUCAGAUUCCGAUCUGAACAAGUAUGUGGGUUUGAAGAAGCUGAUGCCUUAUCGAACACCCGAUCAAAUUGAGAAAGACAAAAAGAAGUUUGGCAAGAAAAAGAGGCUUCGUGAAUGGAAAAAAGAAGUUUUUGGUAAAAGGGGUUAGGUAUAGAUUAAGGUUGGUUAGAAAUGUCGGUACAUAAUGAAAGUUUGAAUAAAACAGAGGUUUUUAUAUACCAUUA